AUGGAGGGGCUGCUCUUCAUCGUCUUCCUCCUAUUCACCAUUUCAACAGCAGCGGCGGUGACGACGACGACGAAAAAAUCCGAUAAUCCAAGCGAUUUCUUCGAAACCUUAUCUCGCUGGAGGGAGAAAUCGACGGGCAUCCGUUACUACGUCCACAGCACCGAGGGAGGGUCGGGCCUGAACAUAUAUGAGGUUGCAUGGCCCUCGAUAACGGCUAACUCGCCGACGCAAUUCGGGCUCCUCAGGGUUUCUGACGCUACGAUCACGGCGAAUCCCGACAAGGGCUCGCCGGGGCUCGGGCGGGUCCAAGGGAUGUUGGUUUCGGCGGAUAUGCGGGAGGUCGCGUUGGCGUUGACUCUCAAUGUGGUUUUCACGGCGGGGCUGUACAACGGGAGCACGCUGAGCGCGGCAGGGAGGAACUCGCUCGGGAUCCCGAUGGGCCGGGAGCUGCCUAUUGUCGGAGGGACAGGGCGUUUCCGAUUGGCCUGGGGGUCGUUCUUUUAA